GGGAUAUUGAUUACUGUAGGGAUAUUACUGUAUUGAAGACAUGUGAAUUUGUUUUGACAUGUUUUACAUGUGUAUUUCUCUAAUUCUAAACAGCUCACUUACUCACAUGCCAUUCCUAUAAAUGUCAGUAUUCAUCAGCAACCAAGUACUAAAUAUAAGCUGCUGUUCUUAACUUCAGUAAAGUUACUUCCCUUUGGAUUUAAAUAAAAUUGUCAUUUUAUUUUAGGCUAUUGCUACUGCCAUUUUCCUGAAUAAAUCUUGCACUCCCUAAUAGAAAUAGUAGAAGUAGCAUGGGCACUAAAGUUAGUGGACGUGUUUAUGUAGUAGUCCUUUGGCUUGUAGCUUCUUGUUAGUUAAAGUAAAACAAAGAUUUUUUUCCUCAAUACGUGUUUGAUUUUCUGACGUCGCAUUUUAUGAUUUCUGUGAAUUAAUUAACCAUAGUUUGCUGUCAUUAAUCAUUCACUUGAUUUAUUUGAAAAGACGAGGCACGAAAGUUUUAACUAUAGCACAAAACUGUUUAAAUCUGCAGCAUCCACUUAGGAGGCGCGCAGAGAUGAUGAGUGGUUUGGUUGUAGCUCUUUUAUACCCUGCUUUUAUUGUCAUGUCUCCCUGAGCUGAGAGGGAGGCUGUCUUUUUAACAGCAACAGUGUCACUGUGUUGUAGAUGAGAGGGAGAAAUAAACAACCUCUCCAUGGGAAUGUGACCUAGUGAGGCUUCAAGUUCAAAAUGUGGACAAACCUCUGUACCGUGGGACGUUUCACUGCUUCCAGUCAAUCAUACGCCAGGAGUCAAUGCUCGGUCUGUACAAAGGCAUCGGCUCUCCAAUGAUGGGCCUGACCUUCAUCAAUGCCAUAGUUUUUGGCGUCCAAGGCAACGCCAUGCGCAAGCUUGGCCGCGACACACCUCUCAACCAGUUCCUGGCUGGGGCCUCUGCUGGAGCCAUCCAGUGUGUGAUUUGCUGCCCAAUGGAGCUGGCCAAGACACGCAUGCAGAUGCAGGGGACUGGAGAGAAGAAGUCAAAGAGGAAGCUGUAUAAGAACUCCCUGGACUGCCUGGUGAGAAUCUACAAAAAGGAGGGAAUCCGAGGUAUCAAUCGUGGCAUGGUGACCACCCUGGUGCGCGAGACACCUGGUUUCGGUGUGUACUUUCUCGCUUACGACAUGUGGACACGUUCCCUUGGCUGCGAGCCAGAGGAUCCUUACAUGAUCCCCAAGCUGUUGUUUGCCGGUGGAAUGUCUGGCAUUGCUUCUUGGAUCUCCACUUAUCCUGUGGAUGUGAUCAAAUCGCGUCUCCAGGCGGACGGGGUGGGCGGUGUGAACCAGUACAGCGGCAUCAUGGACUGUGUCAGACAGAGUCUAAAGAAAGAGGGGUGGCGGGUGUUCACACGUGGACUCACGUCCACUCUGCUCCGCGCGUUUCCAGUGAACGCCACCACGUUCGCCACAGUGACUCUAUUUUUAAUGUACAUGCGUGAAGGAGAAGAGUGCAGCAUUCAGGACUCUGAGCCGCAGUCUGUGCAGCUGCAGCCGCUGCAGCCACAGACGCAGCCAACCAGCAUGUGAGCCAUCGUGCAGCGGAGUGAGAAUUACUACAGUCAUCAGCCAAUCUAUAUACAGUAGUAUAGAUGAAAUUUGCAGCUUCAUGCAGGUCUAUGAUCUGUUAACAGGUGUCCAUAAUCAGAGAGGUAAGCCCUUGGAGCUUCAGCCAAGUGACCACAUGUAUUAUUUAAAUAAUAUAUAUUUUAAGAUAAAGGCUGCACUUGUAAAUAUUAUGGUUUUUAAAAGUCCUUGGGUUUUUUUGUACACACUUUCUUGACUUUUAAGUAAUUAAGGAAACUUACUGUAAUGUGCAGUGACAUUUACAGAUGUCCCUACAACUUAUAGUAAAAGAAACACUUAAUAUUUAAUGCUGCGUUCGGGUCAUCAUGGAGUUUACAAGGAAUUCAUGUUGACAGCCAUUUGAGUAUUCAAACUUUGACAUGUUAAUGAACAUGAAUGCAUUUUUUUUACUGUCCCUUUUUGCAAACGUCAAUCACUUAAGUACAUGUGAGGAUUUUAUUAAUUUUAUAUAUUAUAUUCUCUCUGUGGUGCCAGGUCAAAUCAUCCCCUCAUUAUUUACCUCCACAUAGUGUGAACACAGCACUUCAGCAUCUUAUCGCAACAGUUACAAACACAAAGAAAGCCUUACACGUGUACAUUGAUGUAGAUAUUGUUUGAUUCUUUUCCUGAGGUUGAAACUGUGUAUGUACCUUAACGUUCCUAUGAGAGGUCAUGGGGAUUUGACUCAAGGUGUGGAUGCUGUCUUCCGUUUUAAUUGGUGAAAAAUGUUACAGGCCCAUUGCAGUAUGACAUAAACAUGGUUUUGAUACAGUCGGAUACAAGAUAAUCGCGUGAAACAAUUUAAUUUAAAAUAUUUAAUUAUACGACACAAUCAUCAUCUAAAACCAAAUCUGAUACUGUUUUUGAUGUUCUUGUCCUGGAUAUCAUACGGUGUCCAAAGAAAGCACCUUAUAGUAUACUAUAGAGCACAUGUACGGUUAAAAAGAUGUCCCACUAACGCGAGAUUCUGUCUCGGUGUCAAACGAAGCUGAUGGCAUGUUUAAGAUGAGCUUUUUAAAAUCCAAAAUGUGUUUUUAAACCUCGCACUUCUUGUCGAUAGAUAGGAGCAUAAUAUUUAGCGGGCUUCACAGCCUCUAAAGGAGUUGUGUCAUUGUCAGACCAGUUCUGUACACUAACGUGAGCCGCCUAGAGGCAGAGGAAGGAAUAGCUCCUGUUACGUUAACACUUUGAGCUGCAGAUUUCGUCUGUGUUUGAUAAAGCUGCUAUUUGUGUGUUUACGAAAGCGCAUUCUACAUUUCUUUAUAUUUACGCACCUGUAACAACGCUUACCAUCACACAAGUGUUGAAAUACAAGCCACUGAUUCAGUUGUCUUUAAAUCUGACCUUCAAGGUUUUGUCACUAAUCUCUAGACAAACAAAAUCUGCGUAGGACCCCUCUGCUUCUCUUUCAGUGUCAACCUGGCCAGUCAUUAUUUGACAGAGGGCACACGCUGUGUCACCUGAAGCAAUGUGACCUCUGUGAACUUGAACAGCUGUUAACUGGUGCUUUUAAAUCUGCAGGUUUAAACUGCAAACUGUGCCACGUCAAACACUGAGGCUGCAGUCACGCACUAAAAUGCCUUUGUCAACCCACCUGCAGGAGACACAAAGUUUAAACAUUGCUGGAGCUGUUACUUCCCUUGCGUGUAGACGGCACACAUGUCCACGUCUCUAAACUGCUGCUGCUGUUUUUGUCUUUAAUGAGUGGCAGAUGUUAAACUGGUCUGAAACAGCUUUGGGGUUGUCCAAAGAUGUAAUGUACAUACUGUGAAUUUUUUGUUUUUCAUGUCCUCCUUUAUAAAUUUAAAGGUGUGAAAUCUCUCUAGGGGUUAGAUUUUCCUUAAUUACAAUCCUGUAUUUUUCUGUUUCAAGACUUAAGUUGUGUAUUUUGUCGAGGUUUGUCUGGUGGAGGAUGCAUGGUUGUUGAUAUCUUUGUAGAGAGGCUGCUUUAAGUGAUGUUGCCUUCGUGUUCUGUGCUUGUUUCUGUACAUUAUCUUGCACCAAAGCAGCAUGCACGCUAUGUAGUGAUUUGAGAGAAUGGUGGAAUAAAAAUCUUUUUUUUCCCCUCAA